AUGUCGCGUUCCGGCGAGGCAUACGCUCAAGAGCUCAACCGCAAGCGUGCCGCUGCUCAGCGUGCCGCCGCCAACGAGGACAACGAUGAGAACCAGGGGAAUGGGAAUAAAGUGGCGUUUGGGGCAGCCGGAAAUUUUGAUACAGACGUCUAUGGAAGUGUUCGUGGCGAGAGCCGUGAUGGGUAUCUCGAUUCGAUCGGAACUGGAGAAGAAGACGAUGUGGACGAGGACUCGAUGCCAACAGUACAGAAGAAGGCUACCAACUACUCCCAGCCACACAAAUUCAUCGAAGAAGUCGCUGCGGCUUCAGAAGACACGGAUCCAUUCGCUGACACUCGCACCAAGACCAUCGCGGAGCGCCAAUCCAAGUACCACGAGCGAGCGAUGAGAAGACAGAUCUCGCCGGAUCGUGCCGACGCUUUUGUUGAUCAAACGCCGGACAACCGUAACCGCGGCUACGCGGAAGUGAUGCGCGAUCAGCGUUAUCACGAGGAGAAGGGUCGUGUCGAGAGAGAGCUCGCGGAUCGAGCCAAAGCCGGAGAGCUCCACGUCACCCGGGAGCCAGAGAAGAAGAAAGGCCGUUGGGAUGCCACAGAAGCGCCAGAAUCCUCCGAGAACCUCGGAGCCGCAUCAGCUACACCGUCCCAAGGAUCCGCGCCACGCAAACGUCUCGGAUUCGCGAGUCUGAGUGCCGAGGCGGCGACUCCAAGAGCAGCUCGCUGGGAUGAGACGCCAGCUCACUCCACUGGAGCCGCCGAUGCGACGCCUUCUAUCGAUAAGUGGUCAUCGACGCCAGCUGCUCAGACUCCAAGACGAAAUCGAUGGGAUGAGACGCCGAAAGCCGAUUUGAACGAUGGAUCAAUGACACCUGGAUGGGGAAUGGAGACACCGGCACGUGGUGCUUCCGAUGAUGUUAAGAUCGAGGACACACCAUCCGCCUCAAAACGUCGUUCUCGCUGGGACCUGACACCGUCUCAAACGCCAAACGUCGCUGCCGCUACGCCACUCCACGCCGGCGCCCAAACCCCAUCGUUCACUCCAAGCCACCCCUCACAGACCCCGAUCGGAGCAAUGACACCAGGAGGAGCAACGCCAAUCGGAACUGCAGCAAUGGGCAUGAAGACGCCAGCGCCCCAUAUGAUACCGAUGACACCCGAACAAAUGCAAAUUUAUCGUUGGGAGAAGGAGAUUGACGAUCGGAAUCGACCAUUGACCGAUGAGGAGCUGGAAUCGUUGUUCCCGCCCGGAUACAAGGUUCUCGUGCCCCCAAUGAACUAUAUUCCGUUGAGAACCCCAUCUCGCAAACUAAUGGCCACGCCAACACCAAUGGGCGGCGCCGGCGCUGGUGGAUUCUACAUGCCAGGCACUCCGGAUCGUGACGGUGUCGGAGAGAAGGGCGUGGGUGGCCUAGUCGACACUCAACCGAAAAACGCCGAACUUCCACCUCUGAAACCCGACGAUAUGCAGUAUUUCGACAAACUUCUGAUGGAUGUGGACGAGUCUUCGUUGAGCCGAGAGGAGAAGAACGAGAGGGAGAUCAUGGAGCAUCUGCUGAAGAUCAAGAACGGAACACCGCCGAUGAGGAAGUCGGGACUUCGAAAGAUCACAGAAAACGCCAGAAAGUACGGUGCUGGACCCCUUUUCAAUCAGAUUCUUCCACUCCUGAUGUCACCGUCGUUGGAGGAUCAAGAACGACAUCUGAUGGUGAAGGUUAUCGAUCGAAUUCUGUACAAACUGGAUGACCUGGUUCGCCCAUACGUCCGUAACACCACGGCUCGUGCGUUCGCCGUCGUCGCCUCCGCUCUGGGUAUUCCAGCACUUCUCCCAUUCCUCAAAGCCGUCUGUAAGAGUAAGAAGUCGUGGCAAGCACGUCACACCGGAAUCAAGAUUGUUCAGCAGAUGGCGAUUCUGAUGGGAUGCGCCGUUUUGCCGCAUCUGAAGGCGUUGGUGGAGAUUGUGAAGGAUGGUUUGGAUGAUGAGCAACAAAAGGUGAGCAAGUUUUUGGUCCGUACAAUCACUGCUCUCUGCUUGGCGGCGCUCGCCGAAGCAUCCGCUCCAUACGGAAUCGAAGCCUUCGACUCUGUGCUCAAACCUCUGUGGAAAGGAAUCCGAAUGCAUCGUGGAAAGGGUCUCGCCGCGUUUCUCAAGGCCAUUGGCUACCUGAUUCCGUUGAUGGACGCCGAGUACGCCUCCUACUAUACCCGUGAAGUCAUGUUGAUUUUGAUUCGAGAAUUCGCGUCGCCCGAUGAGGAAAUGAAGAAAAUCGUGCUGAAAGUGGUGAAACAGUGCUGCGCGACAGAUGGUGUCGAGCCGAGUUAUAUUCGCGAUGAGGUGCUUCCAAGCUUCUUCAAAGCCUUCUGGAAUCAACGAAUGGCAAUGGAUCGGAGAAACUAUCGACAGUUGGUGGACACCACUGUCGAAAUCGCUCAAAAAGUCGGAUGUGUGGAGAUGAUCGCGAGAAUUGUGGACGAUUUGAAGGAUGAGAAUGAGCAAUACCGGAAAAUGGUCAUGGAGACGAUUGAGAAUAUCGUGGCGUUGCAAGGAGCCACAGAUAUUGAUGCUCGGCUCGAAGAACAGCUCAUUGAUGGGCUCCUCUACGCAUUCCAGGAGCAAACUCAGGAGGAUUCUGUCAUGCUUGAUGGAUUUGGAACGAUUUGCUCGAGUUUGGGCAGAAGAGCCAAGGCAUAUAUCCCUCAGAUUUGCGGUACCAUUCUGUGGAGAUUGAAUAACAAAUCGGCGAAGGUCCGUCAACAAGCGGCCGACCUCAUCGCCCGUAUCGCCCCCGUAAUGCAUAUGUGUGAAGAGGAGAAGAUGAUGGGACACAUGGGAGUCGUUCUCUACGAAUAUCUGGGAGAAGAGUAUCCAGAAGUGCUCGGCUCGAUUCUCGGAGCCCUGAAAGCCAUUUGCAACGUGAUUGGAAUGACUAAAAUGACACCACCAAUCAAGGAUCUGCUCCCUAGACUCACUCCGAUCCUCAAGAAUCGGCAUGAGAAAGUGCAGGAGAAUUGUAUCGAUCUGGUUGGAGCCAUCGCUGACAGAGGAUCGGAAUUCGUGUCGGCCAGAGAAUGGAUGAGAAUCUGUUUCGAGUUGUUGGAGCUGCUCAAGGCUCACAAGAAGUCCAUCAGAAGAGCUGCCAUCAAUACGUUUGGCUUCAUUGCGAAGGCGAUUGGACCGCAUGAUGUGCUCGCCACGUUGCUCAAUAAUUUGAAGGUCCAAGAACGUCAACUCCGUGUGUGCACCACCGUGGCCAUCGCUAUCGUCUCUGAGACGUGCGCCCCAUUCACAGUACUUCCAGCAAUCAUGAACGAGUACCGUGUCCCAGAGAUCAACGUCCAGAAUGGAGUUCUAAAAGCGCUGAGCUUCAUGUUCGAAUACAUUGGAGAAAUGGCCAAAGACUACAUCUACGCAGUGGUUCCAUUGCUCAUCGACGCCCUCAUGGAGAGGGAUCAGGUGCAUCGUCAGAUCGCCGUCGACGCUGUUGCUCAUUUGGCAAUCGGAGUUUAUGGUUUCGGUUGUGAGGAUGCUCUUAUCCAUUUGCUCAAUUAUGUAUGGCCGAAUAUGUUGGAGAACUCGCCGCAUUUGAUUCAGAGAUGGGUGUUCGCGUGUGAGGGAAUGAGAGUCUCGUUGGGACCGAUUAAGGUAAUGCAAUACUGUCUCCAAGCCUUGUGGCAUCCAGCGAGAAAGGUCCGUGAGCCCGUCUGGAAGGUGUUCAACAAUCUGAUUUUGGGAUCAGCCGACGCACUGAUCGCCGGAUAUCCACGUAUCGAAAACACGCCCACCAAUCAAUACGUUCGAUAUGAACUGGAUUAUGUCCUCUAA